CGUAGGCGCUAUACAAACAAUGUACGAUGCCAUUGAAUUAUUUGACAUACAUCACAUUGUCGAUUGUCUGAGAGUGAGUGAUUGUUCCCCCAUUCUAUAUUGACACAGUUAAACAUCUGGCCUUUACCGAUAUCUAUUCUUACUGAUACAGAGUGCUGCGUCCUCUAUUAUAUUGAAUGGUUUGUUGAGAAAAGUAACGAAAAAUGAGGAAAGAGUUGGCGGAAGAAGAGAAAAUGAGCCUCAACAUCCACGGAGGUCGUCAUUUCCAGCAGAGAGCCAAGAGUAACGUCUCUGGUGUGGUUAUCCUCCUCUUCAUGUUUGGCGUCUUACUAGCGACUCUGAUGUGUGUCACUCUUCUGCACCAAGAAACCGUUGUCUGGAAGAAAUGCAAUGACAGUUGCAGCAUCAUUCUAGCUGAGAGCAUUCCACUGGGUUUAACCUAUCCACCAGGAUCCCCUUCUCACCCAUCCAUCUACCACACCUGGCUUGACCUCAUUGAGAUGGCAACAGAGUCCAUUGAUAUUGCAUCAUUUUAUUGGACGCUUAAAGGAACGGACAUCCACGAUAAGGACCCGUCGGACUAUGAGGGGGAGAACAUUUACAAUGCACUUUUGAAAGCGGGUACUGAAGGUGGCAUUGCAAUCCGAAUAGCUGAGAAUAAACCCAGUGAAGACAGCCCUGAUGAAGACACAGUGGGGUUACAGAAAGCUGGGGCUGCUGAUGUUCAUAUUCUAGACUUCGAUAAGCUCAUGGGUGGCGGUGUGCUGCACACUAAGCUAUGGAUUGUUGACCGUAAACAUGUGUUCAUUGGCAGCCCUAAUAUGGACUGGAGGUCCCUCACUCAGGUCAAGGAGUUGGGCGUGGCCUUCAUCAACUGCAGUUGUGUAGCAGAAGACACAGCCAAACUAUUUGACGUGUACUGGGACCUGGGCAGACCAGGCGCCAAAAUACCAAGUAGUUGGCCGGCUAACCUGAGCACUCCAUACAAUCAAGAUACACCAAUGGAAGUCAGUGCUAAUGGCACCGAACUCAAUGUUUAUUUAUCUAGUGCACCUCCGCAAUUUUGUCCAGACGGGAGAGCCAAUGACAUUGAUGCAAUUCUGGAUGUCAUGAACAAUGCUGAGCAUUUUAUCCACAUUGCCGUGAUGGAUUACUAUCCAUACGCUGCCUAUAAACAUCCACAGACGUAUUGGCCAAUUAUUGAUGACAAACUGCGUAGUUUAGCCUUCAAUCGUAAGAUAUCAGUUCGUCUUUUAGCAAGCUAUUGGAAACAUUCUGAGAAGGAAAUGAUUGGAUUCUUGCGAUCACUUGCCAUUCUUAACACCACUGGGAUCAUGGACAUACAAGUGAAACUCUUUGUAGUCCCUGCGACUCCGGCCCAGGCAAAGAUCCCAUAUGCUAGAGUGAACCACAACAAGUACAUGGUGACUGACAAGCAGGCCUACAUCGGUACAUCUAACUGGAGUGAAGAUUACUUUGUAGACACAGGCGGUGUUGGCGUCAUUGUUAACGAGACGAAGUCAGCGGGUAACCAGUCAGCAGGGAACCAGGGCUUCAGGCAACAACUCGCUGACGUAUUUGAGCGGGACUGGAACUCAGAAUACGCCAGUUUUGUAUCGGAUUUAUCAGUUUACUGAAAUAACAUUUAAACUUAUGGAAAUUGAUGUUGGACCCCAAAAAGGCCAGUUCAUAAUGAGUGCAUUUCUAGAUUUAUACUGACAUGAUGGCUUGAUGAUUCUCAUAGCCUAGUCAAACUUUCACAUCGACUCCUUGCACUAAUGUCACAUAUGACCAUUUUCUGCUAUGCUCCCCACAUGCAAGUACAAAAUGAAUGAAAAACAAGACAACACAGUAUGAAUGGGGGUGACAUCCAGAGAAGGACUGGCCUUUUUGAGUGGGACACCCACAACUGCAGUCAAAGUAAACUAUUUGGAAUAAUAUGGGCAGGGUUCCCAGGGCCUAUCCUGUCCACCAUAUUGGCAGUCAACAUGUUCACAAAGAAAUUGGCUCCUAAAAUGGUGGAAUGGUAGUGCGGAGAUGUGUUCUGUGUUGUGCCUAAGGGUAAACAGACCAUGGAGGUAGAAAUAGAACAGAUUGUGUCGGGCCACAUGUAUCAUUUUCACUGUGCUAAUUACAGUGCUGCCUACACUGUACACUAAGAGUUAACAAAUAGUUUUAUUGAUAUGGUACACUGAGUAUUUGAUGAAAUUCAAAAGCAAUGAGUCUUUUCUGUCUAUAAAUCUCCAUUGGUGUGAAUUUGAUUAUUGUACAUCCUAUGCAAACAUAAGUUCUCAGCUGAAGACACCUGGUUUUCCAUGGUGAUAUUCUUAAAAAGAUAUUACUACAAAGGCACUUUACACACGACUCUAUUCCUGGGGUUACCCCAAGGAAUAUCGGCUGACCUUUUCACACUAUGCUCUUCCCCUGCAAAUGGGCAUACCAUGGGGAAAAGCCACCCCUGCUCCGGAGUACGGGCAAGCGGUAAAACCCCAGGGUUUCUUGAAACGUGCAUCCAGAACCCAUUGGAAUAGGGUGAAAGUGCACGGGGGUGAUCGUGAGGUAAAGAAACUCCUGGGGCUACCCCUGGGAUACAUUCACCAUAAGGAAGUUUCUAUCCCAGAAGUAUUUCCCAAUUGGCCAAUCCAGGCCUGUCCCAAUAAUGUGUUGACAACAGCCGUGACUCUGCAACCAGAACUGUGUAUAUUAAAAAAAAAUGAACUGUGUCAAGUCAUUCGUAUAUCUGGAUUAUGCCUAUUGACUGUACAAGUCUCGCGAGCAUUCGAACAUUGGGUCAGGUUAAAGUACGCAAGUGCCAAAAGGCUCCCCAAAAUGGUUGAAUAUGCACAGUGAUCUCAGGUGUUGUUUAUGACCAAAUGAGAAUUGAUUGAUAUUUUGUAGAGUUUCUUUUUUACUGUUGAGGUUUUGUGCUUCACUUCUGAUUUCUGAUAGCCUUUAAAAAAGUGUGCAGCUCUUGACCGUCUUCCAAACUUGAUACCUCUGGUUAUGCCUGUAAAGGAAUUAGUUUGUUUUUUACCUAGGAGUGAGGCUUUUCUAUUAUUUAUUUUUCCAGGGUUUAUUUUUAUAGCUGAAAUGUUGCUGCUUUAUAUUAUAAUGCUUCACUGCCGUUUUUCCAUUUAGAUUUCGAGUCUGAAAGGUGCAACCCUACACUGUACCAAACAAGAUGCCUUCUAGUGUCUUAUAAAGGAGUUAGUUUUUUUUAUCGACUUUUUAGAAAUAUUUUAUCCUAAAGACGUUUUUUAAACCCAUUGUUUGUAUAUCUUGCCUAUAACCUGUAUACCCUUCAUGUUAUAGUAUCUACUGUAAAAGGGGGUCAAGUCUUCUGAAAUUUAAGGUGAAUAUGUAUAAAAAUGUAGAUCCUCUUGCGUAUAGACUGGCUACAAAUGUCAAGUUUAGCCCACAAAGGAUGACCCUCCUAGUCCAAGUCUAGUAUCCUCGUUUUGUGUAUCCGAACAUAUUAUACAUAAAAUAACAAACCUGUGAAAAAUUGGGCUCGAUUGGUCAUCGAAGUUGCAAGAAAAGUUGCGUUGUUAAUCAGAUACAAAUGAGUUACGAAUCGCUACAUAACAGUUGCAAGGAACCUUCAGAUUGUUCAACCAAAGUCGACUUGAUACCUUCGGACGACCCAAUAUAUGAAAAGAUGGUAUUACUAUCAAAAAUAAUUACAUAACCAUUCAAGACCGCGAUGUUCCUUACUAACCCUUACCUAAAACAUUGCCUCGUCCAUCCUGACCAAUUCCGGGUCAGAAUUGACCUGGAUCCGCGUUCCGUGAGGUUUGACCCACGGUCAGUGUGACCCGGAGUCUGUGUCCA